AUGUCUAAUUCUUUAUCUUACGACACCGAGAAGAUGAAGUCCCCAGCCAUCACCGACACAGAUGUCGAGCUCCGUCCUAUGGAGUCUAUCAGCGGAGGUGUGCUAGGUCCCGAGGAACAACAACAACACGGCUCGACCCAACGUGGCCUCAAGUCUCGACAUGCACAAAUGAUCGCCUUGGGAGGCACAAUCGGAACCGGUCUCUUCGUUGGCGUCGGCCAGGGCCUGAACAUGGGCGGGCCCCUAUUCCUCCUCAUCUCCUACAUCAGCAUCACUCUCCUUCUCUACGGAGUGGCAACAGCCACCGGCGAAAUGAGUGCCUAUCUUCCAGUUCCCGGCUCCUCAGUUGCCUACUACGGCCAACGAUUCUUCUCGCGCAGUCUUGGAUUUACGUUGGGUUGGGUAUACUGGUAUAUCUUCUCCAUCACGGUUCCGGCCGAGAUCACUGCGACCUACAUUGUUCUCAACUACUGGUCGCCACCUUUACACAUUGCGUUCUGGCUGACGCUCAUCGGCGCCGUCAUGAUUGCCCUUAAUUGCUUCCCCGUGAAAGUCUAUGGGGAAGCCGAGUUCUGGUUCGCCAGCAUGAAAGUCUUUGGUAUUAUUGGGCUGCUCAUCCUCUCCGUUGUACUCUUCUUCGGCGGCGGGCCCUCGCACCAACCCCUUUGGUUUUCGAACUGGUCUGAUCCAGGGCCGAUCAAAGAAUACAUCGUGACGGGAGACUCUGGGCGUCUGGUGGCAUUUGUCUCGACCAUCACCUUCUCCGUGUUUGCGUUUGCGUUUGCGCCGGAACUUCUUGUCGUCACCGGCGGAGAGAUGGAAAGCCCUCGCCGCAAUAUUCCUACCGCGACCCGUCGGUACUUCUAUCGCCUCAUCACAUUCUACAUUCUUGGUGCUCUGGCUGUGGGAAUCAUUGUCAGCAGCAACAACCCCAACCUCCUCAGUGGUGGCAAAGGUGUCGGCGCUUCUCCUUGGGCUAUCGGCAUCAGGGAGGCAGGUAUCAAGGGCCUCGACAGCGUGGUGAACGUCGUAAUCGUUCUGAGUGCUUGGUCUGCAGGCAACUCCUAUCUGGUAUGUGUUCCACUUCCUGUUGCCACUUAG